AUGAAGGAUAUAUUUUCCAUUCAUUCUUGUUCUUUAUCAUCGGCUCAAGUUGAGGAUGUACGGAAACUGGAUUUCCCUUCCAAUGUUGAACCACGGUGUUGCCAAGUCUAUUGUUGUUGUGAUGGCUUGGCUAUUAUCAGGGUUGAUGAAAGUAAUGAUGAAAGUCACAUACUUUUGCUAUGGAAUCCAUCCACGGAAGAAUCAAUAGUCCUUCCCACUCCAGAAUUUUCAGUGGAGGGAUAUUGUUGUUUGGGAAUGAGUUUCGACUCAAAUAGUGAUGACUAUAAGAUCCUCAAGAUUCCUCAGUACGGAAAUGAAUGUCGAAACGUAUAUGGUGAAAUUCUCGCACUGAAAAGUGGUUCCUGGAGAAAAAUUGAUGAACAUCCUGGUGUCAUUUUCAAUAUGCUUUAUGUUAUGCAUUCCUUGGCAUGUAUACAUGGGGCAUUUCAUUGGGUUGGGUUUUCAAGAAACUAUUUUGUCAUUUCACUUAAUAUUUCCUAUGAAGAGUAUGGAGAGAUACCAUUGCCUGAUGGAAUAUGCUUGAGGGACAGUACUGAUAUUGGCAUUUCGGAAUUGGAAGGAAUGGUUUGUGCUUAUUCUAAUGCGUAUCUUCAUGGGAACCACCCUUUUAAGUUAUGGGUGAUGAAAGAUUAUGGUCUCAAAGAAUCUUGGAUUGCUUUAUUUUCCAUUGCAAAUCCCUAUAUUAGUAUGCCCAUGCCGAAAUAUAGGUUUGCAGAUGGGACAGUGUUAUUCUGGUACAUUAAUUUUCGACGCAUGACAAAUGCAUAUGGGACACAGAGAGGACCCUUUAGAUUAUUGCCUCCAGGUCUAGCUCAGAAUGGAUUCGCUUUUACAGAGAGCUUGAUCUGGGCAGGGGCGGAGCUACCUUCAGCAAAGGGUGGUCAGAUGUACACCCAUCGCCGGAAAAUUAUGUGGUGA